GCCGCUGCAUUUGUGAACGGACGCCGAGCGAGUUACUACCGAAUAUUAGAUGCGGACUGCAAGCGCAGCUAUACGAGAAUAUACCGACAGGCACGCAAAAUAUGCAAAUACCAGGAGUGCAUCUCUAUUGACCGGUCAAAUACUCGGCUUGGCGGAUAGUGCAUUUGCAGUUGCAAUUUCAUCAAUCGCCAAAUGCACUUGACUGAAAGGCUGUACAAAAAAACAAAGAGAAAAAACCCAGUGUGCGUGCGGGAAUAUGUAAAAAAAAAACGAGUUAAAUAAAUAGCUAAAUAACAAGCAGAAAGCAGAACGUAAGUAUCGAAAAAGCGCAGUGUUUUUGUUGUGCCGGCUGAAAUAAAUUCGAUUGUGUGCGCGCGCGUUUGUUUGUGUGUCGGCAUGUGCGUGUGAGUGAGCAGACAACAAAAGGAAUUCGGCUCGCUCAACUUCUUCCUAGUUUACCGUUACUUGCACUGCCAAAAUCGCAAAAAAUAAGGGGAAUAGGGAGAUAAAUAAAUAAGCCGACGAAUUUCGAAUAGCAUAAAUAGUAGCUCCUGCCAAAAAAAAAAAGAAGAAAAAUCAGAGAAACGUCAGUCAAAUCGAAAAACAGAAAUGGCCUUGAUAAAACUAGCAAGGCAACUGGGCCUGAUCGAUACCAUAUACGUCGACGGAGCUCGCCCAGAUCCAAAUAACGAUCCCGAGGAGUCGUUCAACGAGGACGAAGUCACAGAGGCCAACUCAGUGCCCGCCAAAAGCAAGAAGUCAAGGAAGUCCAAGCGUCUAGCCAUGCAACCCUACUCAUAUGUGAUUGCCGUGGACUUUGAGGCAACCUGCUGGGAAAAGCAGGCUCCGCCAGAGUGGCGAGAAGCGGAGAUAAUUGAAUUCCCAGCAGUGCUUGUUAACCUUAAGACAGGAAAGAUCGAGGCGGAAUUCCACCAGUACAUCCUUCCCUUCGAGUCGCCGCGCUUGAGCGCCUACUGCACGGAGCUGACGGGCAUCCAGCAGAAGACUGUGGACAGCGGAAUGCCGCUGCGGACGGCGAUCGUGAUGUUUAACGAAUGGCUGCGCAAUGAGAUGCGAGCCCGCAACCUUACCUUGCCCAAGAUGAACAAGUCAAACAUACUGGGCAACUGUGCAUUCGUCACCUGGACGGACUGGGACUUCGGCAUCUGCUUGGCGAAGGAGUGCAGCCGCAAAGGGAUACGCAAGCCGGCCUACUUUAAUCAGUGGAUCGACGUGCGGGCCAUUUAUCGGUCGUGGUACAAGUACCGUCCGUGCAACUUCACGGAUGCCCUGUCGCACGUGGGUCUGGCAUUCGAGGGCAAGGCCCACUCGGGGAUCGACGAUGCCAAGAAUCUGGGCGCACUCAUGUGCAAGAUGGUGCGCGACGGGGCGCUAUUCUCGAUCACCAAAGAUCUGACGCCAUAUCAGCAGCUUAAUCCCAGGUUCGUGUUGUGAGUUCCAGCGGCCAGCAAUCCCUCCAAAACUUGAAACGGAACGCAGAAUAUCCAUUUAGUUACUGGAUUUUAUUUAAAUAUUAAUAUAAAACGCAAUGAAAGGAUUGGUAUGGAGAAUAACUAAAGAGAACAUGCACGAAAAUUUAAAUUUCUUCUUUUUUUUUUUUUUGCCCUGAUUUUAUAUUUUAUUGUAACGGCAAUUGAUAAGACUUGAACAAUUCGAAGCAUCGCAGCGAUCAUACAUACAAAUAAAUUUAUAAAUAGCUAUAAAUAUGGCUUAGAGCAUACAUAUUUUUCUACCAUUCAUACUUGAUAAUGCUUAGUUAUAGUCUACAAUACGGAAUGCAAUACUUAUCUUAACGACUUACACCGCCUACCAUUUAGGAGAUAAAUUAAUAAAACGACAAUAGCUACAUAUAAAUAUGGGCUGUUAAUUGGGAAAUCU